AUGAGUAACCAGGCCGAGUUUGUUCCAAAGGCUUGCCAAGACCCAAAACAGAACCCGGUCUCACCUAUCGACUCAGUGUUUUGCGAUUAUUAUGAAUCCAGGUUCAGGCUGCUCCCGAAUGAGAUUUGCAACGCAUUGCUUGAGAACUGGACCGACAUUACUCGUCCUUUAGUCUGCCCCAAGGGCAAUUGGCCGCCCUCUGAUAUUUCAGAGCUGGUGACUUCAAAGCUGGUGUACAUAAUGUGCGCGUCAAUGGUCGACUGUGCUAUGCUCAACAAUCUUUGCAAUGCUACGAAACAGAUACCGUUUCUUCGGGAAUCCAAAUGCUGCCAGAUGAUCAUUGCUGGUAUACUACUUGUUCGGAAGGGCGAAAUAACUGGCUCUCUUGGCUCUACGCAUCAUACUCCAGGCUUCAGUAUCCAGCCACAAAUCCCUUCUAAUCCUCACCCAGCUGGACCGAGCUUAACGGAUGAAGAUUUGUGCCCCAAAGGACCUUAUCAAGUUAUCCGAGGCCAAUCAAUCUAUCACGCUUGGUCACGCAAGGCCCUCGAUCCUAACGAUACAAUCAUCUCCUGCAGUCCAUUCAACCCUGGUCUACACGUGUGGUGUGUCAAUGUCGUCCAUGAACCAUCUCACAGCCGAAGAUUCAAUUUACAGCAUGGCUUCCUGAUUGAAUGGCAAGUUUUUACCCUAGAAGGUCAACCAGGAGACAACUUGCACAGAGCGUGGGUGACACUUAGCAAUGACAGUCUCUGUUCAACAACGGGCCAACACCACUAUCUGCUCCAGGACCCCAUGGUUAUCCAGAAAAUUCGACGCAACGCAGUUAUUGGCGGCUUGUAUCUAGUGGGAGCGAUGAAUCAUACCCGUGAAGCGACCAAACUUGCGUACUACCUUGGUUUCUCAAUUAGACAGGGAUACUUUGUGGGUGGAACCAACGGCCCCUUGGUAGAAGAGAUAGCAGACUGGAAUGCUAUACCAAUUAUGAUAAAGAAGAUCACGGGCUAG